AUGCGGCAAAAGAUUUUGGCCAAUCGGCAAUCAGCACAAAGGUCAAGAGUGAGAAAAUUGCAGUAUAUAUCUGAGCUUGAGCGCAGCGUUACUUCACUUCAAGCUGAAGUCUCAGUGUUAUCACCACGAGUAGCUUAUUUGGACCACCAACGCCUCGUACUAAAUGUUGACAACAGUGUUCUUAAGCAAAGAAUCGCAGCUUUAGCUCAAGAUAAAGUUUUCAAAGAUGCUCAUCAAGAAGCAUUGAAGAGGGAAAUUGAGAGACUGAGGCAAAUAUAUUACCAACAAAACAUGAAGAAUUUGGAGAAUGACACAAUUCCAAAUUCACCAUCAAGACUUGCUGAUAAUGCUGAGCAAGAACAACUAGCAGUCAACUGACAUAUAUUUAUGUCACACAUUAAUUAAUUUCUAAGGAUUCAAGCACUACCAAAAAAGAGGAGCCUUUGUGAACUGAAGAGUAAUCAAGUUUACAAAUAAAAAGCUCUUUAUUUUUGUGGGCUUAGGAAAAAUCUCUUUUCUUGGCUUAAUUAUUAGGGAGAAGAGUGUUUAUUUGAUUUAAUUUCAUUUUAUUUUUUUGGAUUAUCAGCCAAUCAUCAAAUUUUAUUCUUCAGAAGCAUGUCAGUUUGUUGUAGAUGAUUAAUUGGUGUAUGUAUAAUGUGUGUAUUAUUUGUUGUCAGAUUUAGUGGUCAUUGGAUGUCA